AUGGUACAGAGAUUUCUCUGCUGGUCUUUCUUCCUCGGGGGUAACGCCGCGGUCCUUGCCCAGGCGCUUGACCUGGGGCAACUGGGAGGUCAAGAAAUUCUAGGAACUGUCCUACCAAUUACCAGUACGAAAAAAAUCACAGCAGCCACCCACCACCAAUUCACCGUACGGUUGGAUAAAUACACAUCAACCACAACCAAUUCACCGUACUACAGUGAGGGAUUCGGCAUGGAGGACGGCGUGUUCGACGGGCACGGCCGCUGCGGGCAGCUGGUCAGCAAGCUGGCGAGGGACCACCUCCCCUUCAUGAUCCUGAGCCAGCGGAACGCGCUGCUCCUAGGCUCCGACGGCGACGGCGACAGGGACGGCCCGGCCUUCAGCGACGCGUCGCCCACGGCGUUGUCGUCCACGGACGGCAGCCGCAGCGGGCGGUCGUCGCUGGCGCCGGCGCAGAUGCUGGAGGUGUGGCGGGAGGCCUGCGCCAACGCGUUCGAGACCAUGGACAGGGAGCUCGGGGUCCAAGCCAGGGUGGACUGUGACUUCAGCGGCACCAUGUCCGUGUGCGCCACCAAGCAGGGGGAGGACCUCAUCGUCGCCAACCUCGGUGACUCCAGGGCCGUGCUGGCGACCGUGUCGGAGACGUGCUACCUGAAGGCCGUGCAGCUCACCAUCGACCAGAAGCCCAACGUGCCUCGUGAGUCCUCCUGA